UCUAGAUGGCGGAUGAGCCUUGGGAAGUGGAACACGUCGAGAGUCUGCAGGCUUUUGGCUGGCUCUCUUCUGUAACUUUGAUUGGCUCUUUGUGUCGCUUUUUUGACAUUUUACAAAAUAUAUAUAUGUUAUUCGUAUGAAGUACAAUAUUUUCCGUGUGAAUUCCGUUUUUGUCGUCGAGAACACCAGCGCUGUAGUGUGAAUGCGCGAGUCGUUGUUUUCCCUGCCUUGCUCUGGCAGCCAUGGCGCUCCUCCAUUUUUAGUGCGCUUCGCUAGUUACCUCAGAGUCUCGACCCCUCUAUGGAGUCUUGUCCGGACAGUAUUGGUUUAAUUCGUUUACAAAAUAGUCUAUAAUAUUUUAAACAGUGUGUUUUUGCAUUUCGGAGACGUAAAAAAUAUAACGUCGUUUUUUGCUGGCACGAAUGUAACUUAUUACAGUGGAAGGUUUAUCCUCCGGUGUCUUUGAAUGGAAAUAGGUAGGUUACUUUGUAUCUUUUUAAUUUUUUAACAGUUUCACUUUUUAAACCAGCUUUUAACAGCCCUUUGUGUGGUGACGCAGUUCGAAUUUAUGUAUGUGGCCCAGUACAUGGAUCACUUUGAAAUGGAAUCAACACAUGGUUAUUCUCUAUCGAUUAGUAUUGAGCAGGUAUCAUACAGCUAUCGAUACAUGAUGCUCUGUUUUUGAUUGUUAUUUCAUUUUUUAAAUGUCCGGUUGUAGGCUAUACAGCCCACGUCUGUCGCAACGACGAGGCUUUUGCUGUCCUUUUAGCAAAAGCAGGCUGGUGGAGCAUGUGUGAUAGUUCACCCUUCUUUCAACUUUUGACAGUAAAUACCUGGACAUAGCAUCAUCAUACCAAAACUUUUCAAGUCACAACGAUGAUGAAGAAUAAGUCUAAAAAACAGGAGGAUGAAGGAUCAACCCAAAGCAAUGCAUCCAGCAACUCGGCCUCCGAGGAGUCCAACCACUCGGCCUCGGAGUCAGGCAGCCAGUCGGAGAGCGAGCAGGGAAGCGACCACGGGAGUGAGCGUGGCAGUGACCGGGCCCGCUCGCGACGGUCCGAGUCCAACAGCACCUCGGACUCAGACAGCCACUCAGCCUCUGGGAGCGAGUCCACCGGGUCCAAGUCACAGAAUCCUUCAGGGGAGGCCAAAAACAAGCCUGUACGGAAAAAAGACAAGUUGGCCGAUGUGAAAAAGAUGUGGGAGGAGCAUCCAGAUGUGUAUGGGGUCCGGAGAUCUAACCGCAGUAGACAGGAGCCUUCACGUUUGAACAUAGGAGCAGAGGGUAGCAGUGAUUCAGAGAGUGAAGGUGUCAAAAGAAAAGGACAUCAACAGAAAAAGAAAAAAAAUUCUGAUGAUGAUGAUGAUGUGGAUGAUGAAGAUUAUGAUGAUGAGGAGGAGGAGGAUGAGGAGGAGGCCAGCAGUACAGAAAGUGAGCAGGAAGAGAAUAAAGUUAGAUCCAGACGACUUCCUGCCCGAAGACCUCAGACCAAACCCAGCUCGGCUAAGAAACAGCAGGCUCAAAAGGGACGCAAGCAGAGGAAGGCAGAAUCCUCAGAUGACGACGACGACGAUGAUGACGAUGAUGACGACGACGACGAUGAUGACGAGGAGGACACCCCAAAGAGACAGACCCGCCGGAGGGCAGCUACUAAAGUCAGUUAUAAAGAAGACCAAAAUGAUUUUGAGACGGACUCAGAUGACCUGAUCGAGAUGGUAGGGGAAGGGGCCGAGGAGCAGCAGGAUGACGACAGUGAGACCAUCGAGAAGGUCAUGGACGCUAGAACAGGGAAAAAAGGAGCUUCUGGGGCAUCUACAACUCUGUAUGCUGUAGAGGAGAAUGGGGACCCAGGGGCAGACUUUGACCCAGAGAAGGAUGAGGGGGAGCCCCAGUUCCUCAUCAAGUGGAAAGGCUGGUCCUACAUCCACAACACCUGGGAGAGUGUGGACACCCUCACCGAGCAGAAGGUCAAAGGCCUGAAGAAGCUGGAGAACUUCAAGAAGAAGAAUGAUGAGCUCCAGUAUUGGUUGAAAAAAGCUUCUCCAGAAGAUUUGGAGUACUACAACUGUCAGCAAGAGCUCACCACAGACCUAAACAGGCAGUUCCAUUUUGUGGAGAGAGUGAUUGCUGUCAAAACAGGGAAAACACAAGGACCUUCAGACUUUCCCUCGCACAAGACCACAUCCAAUGAACCAGAGUACCUGUGCAAGUGGAUGGGUCUACCUUACUCUGAGUGCAGCUGGGAGGAUGGAGCCCUGGUGGGCAAGAAGUUCCAGCACUGCAUCGAUAGCUUCAUCAGCAGGAACAGCUGCAAAACCAUCCCCUCCAAAGACUGCAAGGUAUUGAAGCAGAGGCCGCGUUUUUUGCCACUAAAAAAGCAGCCUUCUUACAUUGGGAGUGAGACCCUAGAGCUGAGGGACUACCAGCUGGAUGGUGUGAACUGGCUGGCGCACUCUUGGUGCAGGUGUAACAGUGUUAUAUUAGCAGAUGAGAUGGGCCUGGGGAAGACCAUACAGACCAUUUCCUUCCUGUCCUACCUGUUCCACCAGCACCAGCUCUACGGGCCCUUCCUCCUGGUGGUGCCCCUGUCCACGCUCACCUCCUGGCAGAGGGAGUUCGACACGUGGGCGCCAGACAUGAACGUGGUGGUGUACCUGGGGGACGUCAUGAGCAGGAAAUCGAUCCGUGACUACGAGUGGAUUCACCAGCAAACAAAAAGAAUCAAGUUUAAUGCACUUUUGACAACAUAUGAAAUUCUACUGAAAGACAAGAGCAUCUUGGGGAACAUCAACUGGGCCUUCCUGGGCGUGGAUGAGGCCCACCGUCUCAAGAACGACGACUCGCUGCUCUACAAAACGCUGAUCGACUUCCGCUCCAACCACCGGGUGCUCAUCACGGGCACGCCGCUCCAGAACUCCCUGAAAGAGCUGUGGUCCUUGCUGCACUUCCUCAUGCCAGACAAGUUUGAGUCCUGGGAGGAUUUCGAGGAUGAGCACGGGAAAGGGAGAGACAACGGCUACCAGAGCCUGCACAAAGUCCUGGAGCCCUUCCUGCUCAGGCGUGUCAAGAAGGAUGUGGAGAAAUCCCUCCCCGCCAAGGUGGAGCAAAUCCUAAGGGUGGACAUGUCUGCCCAACAGAAGCAGUACUAUAAGUGGAUUCUUACCAGGAACUUCAGGGCCCUCUCCAAGGGCAACAGAGGCAGCUCCUCUGGCUUCCUGAACAUCGUCAUGGAGCUGAAGAAGUGCUGUAACCACGGUUUCCUCAUCAAGCAGCCUGAAGACUUCGAGGAGGAUUCACGUGAGCAUUUGAAGAACCUGGUGCGGGGCAGUGGGAAGCUGGUGCUGCUGGACAAGCUGCUCACCCGACUCCGAGAGAGGGGCAACCGCGUGCUCAUCUUCUCCCAGAUGGUCCGCAUGCUGGACAUCCUCGCUGACUACCUGUCCUACAAGCACUACCAAUUCCAGCGCCUGGACGGCUCCAUAAAGGGCGAGCUUCGCAAGCAAGCGCUGGACCACUUUAACGCCGAGGGCUCGGAGGACUUCUGCUUCCUGCUGUCCACGCGGGCUGGAGGCCUGGGCAUUAACCUGGCCUCUGCCGACACCGUGGUCAUCUUCGACUCCGACUGGAACCCACAGAAUGACCUGCAGGCUCAGGCCAGGGCUCACAGGAUUGGACAGAAAAAGCAGGUAAAUAUUUACCGACUGGUGACCAAGGGAACUGUAGAGGAGGACAUCAUCGAGAGGGCCAAGAAGAAGAUGGUUCUGGACCAUCUGGUCAUUCAGAGAAUGGACACCACUGGGCGCACCGUGCUGGACAACAACACUUCAGGAAAUACAAACUCGAACCCUUUCAAUAAAGAGGAGCUCACUGCCAUCUUGAAGUUCGGUGCUGAGGAGCUUUUCAAGGAGGCAGAAGGAGAGGAGUCCGAGCCAACGGAAAUGGACAUUGAUGAGAUCCUGCGCUUGGCAGAGACUCGCGAGAGUGACCAGGGAUCCAGUGCUACUGACGAGCUGCUCUCUCAGUUCAAGGUGGCGAACUUCACCAUGGACGAGAACGUGCCCGAGCUGGAGGAGCGGCAGCCUCGUGACUGGGACGACAUCAUCCCCGAGGACCAGCGUCGGCGGAUCGAGGAGGAGGAGAAGCAGAAGGAGAUGGAGGACAUCUACAUGCUGCCUCGCAGCCGAAGCUCCAACAAGAGGGCCCGGGCCAACGACAGUGACAGCGACGUCGGCUCCAAACUCAAGAACCGCUCGUCUGGAUCGGACAGCGAGACGGACGACAGCGAGGACGACAAGAAGCCCAAAAGACGUGGAAGGCCACGGGCGCGCAAGAACAACGUGGAGGGCUUCACCGACGCCGAAAUCCGCAGGUUCAUAAAGGCUUACAAGAAGUUUGGAGCACCUUUGGAGAGGCUGGAGGGCAUCGCGCGGGACUCUGAGCUGGUGGACAAGUCCAUCGCCGACCUGAAGCGCCUGGGAGAGCUGGUGCACAACAGCUGUGUGACGGCCGUCCAAGAGCACGAGGAGCAGCUCAAAGACAACCCUUCAGAAGCCAAGGGUCCUGGGAAGAGGCGAGGGAUCAACAUCAAGAUCUCUGGCGUUCAGGUCAACGCCAAGUCCAUCAUUCAGCACGAGGAGGAGUUUGAGCCGCUGCACAAAGUCAUCCCCUCCAACCCUGCCGAGAGGAACAAGUUCCAGCUGACGUGCAGAGUGAAGAUCCCCCACUUCGAUGUGGACUGGGAUCUCCAGGACGACACGCAGCUUCUGCUGGGCAUUUACGAGCACGGCUACGGCAAUUGGGAUCUGCUCAAGACGGACCCAGACCUCAAACUGGCCGACAAGAUCCUCCCUGAUGAACCAGACAAGAAGCCCCAGGCCAAGCAGCUGCAGCUGCGGGCAGACUACCUGCUCAAGAUGCUCAAGAAGGAGCAGGACAGCAAGGACCUCGCCAAGGCAGGAGACGAGGUUGUAGUAAAGAAGAGAAAGCCUCGCGUGAAGAAGGAGAACAAGGUUCCCAAAGAUGAACUGAUCAAUGACGUCUCCUCGCCGCGUCUCUCGGACAACCCCUCGGAGGAAGGGGAGGUCAAGGACGACACGGCUGAUAAAUCACCUGCCAAAAAGAGACAGAAGAAGAAAGACAACAAAGAGAACAAAGAGAAGCAGGGAACUCCUAAAAAGGAGAAAGAGAAGAAGCGCACCAAGGCCAAAAAAGAAAAGGCGAAGACGGGAGCCAAAGGGAAGAAGCCCCAGGGGCCAGUGCACAUUACAGCAGGCAGUGACCCUGUCCCCAUCGGAGAGGAGGACGACGAGCUGGACCAGGAAACCUUUAGCAUUUGUAAGGAGCGUAUGCGACCGGUGAAGAAGGCUCUGAAACAGCUGGAUAAGCCAGACGAGGGAAUGACUGUGCAGGACCAGCUGCAGCACACGCGCACCUGCCUGUUGAAGAUUGGUGAUCGCAUCACAGAGUGCCUUAAAGCCUACAGUGACCCGGAGCACGUCAAAACAUGGCGCAGAAACCUGUGGAUUUUUGUGUCCAAAUUCACGGAGUUUGGAGCCAGGAAGCUGCACAAGUUGUAUAAGAUGGCUCAGAAGAAACGUUCCCAGGAGGAGGAGAAAGAGCAUCGCAAGAAGGAGGACCCAGGCAAGAAGAGGCCCUUCAGGCCUGAGCCCUCCGGCUCCAGCCGAGACUCCACAGGCACCCAGCCCUCUCAGAAGGGCCAUCCGUCUGGGCCCCCUGGCCAUGGCCACCACAGAGACCCCUACGGCCAGCCCAACAAGAGACACUUCCCCGGGGACGACCGAGGAGACUGGAAGAGGGACCGCAGCUACGGUUACCCCAGCAAUAGCAACCAGUCAUGGCAGGGGGACCGGCAGGGGGACCGGCAUCACCCCUACGACCGCUACAAGGACCAUCACUACGGCGACCGGCGUCCCCACGGCGACUCCUACCGGAGCUCGAGCGGAUACCGCAGCAGCGGCUCCCCGCGGAAGAGGCCCUACGAUCAGUACGGCAAUGACCGUGACCACAGAGGCCACCGGGACAACUACUACGACAGACACAUGGACCCCAAGAGGAGACGACCCGAUGACUUCCGUUCCCAGAACUAUAGCAGAGGUGGUGGUAGUGGUGGUGGUGGUGGUGGUGGUGGAAGCCAUGGUCCAGACUUUAGGCGGAUGCCCGAUCACAGAGGACCCCCAGGUAACCCUGGCUCCAACGCAGGGCCAGACCACCACCGGCCCUUCCACCCGGACAAACCCCCUCCCCUGCUGGACCCGCGCUCCCCACAAGCCCAGAAGUCUCCCCACGACUCGCACUCUCCUACCGAGCGCCCCCCCGCCGAGGCCAAACCCGCCGGAGACUUCAACUGGAACAGCAGGUAGACGCAGCUCCGGCCCUUCCUCCGACUCCUCCGGCCGAGAGGCCAGACACAGUGCCCAGGAUAAGCUGCCCUCACUCGGGGGAAUGGCUAGCUGCUGCUGCCGCUGCCAAAGCCUCCAGCCUUGGCCUAGAGCAGCCAGUGGCCGCUUCCCUCCUCAACACACAAACAACCUGCUCAACAGAGGAGGGAUCAAGACAAGCAAGCACCAUCUCUGCCAGCCCCAGUACUCUCCCUCUUCCCAUGGCCGCCAGGUGAUGCAGCCAGGAGGCCUGCCUCCCCUUAAGGCCCCCCUCUCUCCCUACUCUCUCCACUCUCUCCACUACCUGAGGCAGGUUACAGCCUGACCCCCCCUAAGGAGUAGAUGGGAGACACUGUUUAACCGUUAGCUAGAUUUGUAUGGACUCUGUGAACUCAGCCGUGAGAAAUGUUAAGUCCUAUGGACUGUCACAGGAACAAUCUUCAAUGCCUUUUUGAAAAGAACGAUUGAAUGACACAUUUGAAGUGCCUGACGCAUUUGGCCUUUUGAAAGUAAACAGAGAAGGGAUUGACCCCCCCCGGCCCCCAAGAGUAAAACAUUUAUUUUUCUGAUGUUUGUCGCUUUUGGUUGUUUUGUAGUUUUCAUUGUAUUAUCUUCCAAAAAAUAAGGAUCUCUAUUCUUAGAAAAGAGUAGUCUGUAUUACAAAAACAGAUUGUGUCUGCUGCACCUUCAUGCCAGCGUUGCUUUCAAGCUUUAAGUUGAGUAGCUCUGGUGAAACUUAUCAUGUGUUUUUCAUUUGACUCUCCCCGACAGCAUAUUUCUCAUAGGAUCAUACCUUUACGAUGACUCUCAGUGGAUUACACUGAAACAGCAUUUUUAUAACAAUGUCACUUUAAAUGUUAAUAAUGCAUCAUUAGUAACCACUUCUGGUUUUUCCAUCACUGAAUUGACCAGUCAGCUAAAAAAAAAGUACCAUUGAUAUGGCUUUUUAUUUUAUUUUUUAUUUUUUAAGUCAAUCCCUUAACUGUGCUACGAGCACAAUACUGUUAAUGGUUGCCCAACUUAAUGGCAAGAGUGGGCGUUUAUGCACCAGUAUUCAAGGUCAGUGUGUAUCUUUUAGGGACGACUCAGAACACUAUGAUAUGUAAGCUACUCUUCUUUUCACUGUCUUUGUGUUCUUCACUUUGAGCCAUUUCAAUGCCUGUUGGGGCCCUCUUUGGCCAGUACGGGCAGUAUGAAGACUUCUCCUGCAUCUGAUAUUGCACUAAAAGUUCAGUACUCUACAAGUCCUCUGUUUUCUACUUUUUAAGUAUUGAGUGACAUGGACUCGAGACUCAUUCAUUCUUUUGUUAUUCAUUAGUGUGAUUUUUUUUUUAUUCUACCUUACAAAGUCAUGAAAGAAAAACAAAACACAAGAAACCAAGUGAUCAAGGAUUGUGUCCGAACAGGAUCUUGCCAGAGGAGUCUCCAGCACAGAGAGCAGCUGACUCUGGCUUGAAUCUGGCCCUGAUAAGGCACAGAUCCGGUCUGCCUCUCCGAGCAGACAGCCAACAUUCAGCAGUCAAGCUCACCCACAAUCCCGACCUAUUGAACAUAAAAACAUGUGGAUUUAUUUUUUAAAUGUGUUUAGCGUUCUCUCCAUGUGUGCCUUAAUUCUGAUGUACAUUCACAUGACUGUAUGGAUGCCUGGACGUUCAAUGAUUUGAACAUAAGAGAUGUCUCAGUAUUACGUGUUUGUGAUGGGAGUUGUAAUCAAGGAACUCGAGAAGACGACUCAAGUAAACUUGAGGAAGGGGGUGGGAGCAAACGUGUGGGUUGUGUGGUUUCGUAGUGUGAUGGCAACAGUAAGGGGAUGAGUUCAUGUGUUUGAGUUCAGUGUGAGUGUUCGUACUCUCGGACGGUGACAGUUGUGUUUGUUCCAAGGGAGUGCCCGGAGAAUCUUCCACCCCUUCUCCCCACAACGCCACACCCCGCCAACCAGACACUACCCAACAGCUGUCAGAGCCGGGCUGAGCUCAACAGAUAAUGCCAACCAGAGUAAUUUAUAGACAAGACAAACUAAAAUGCCACUGUUCAAUCAGACUAUACUGUACAUAUGUUUAUAGACCUAUAUGUAUUAAAGUUUCCUACAUCAUGAAAAAA